GAUCCGGGCCGGCCCCGGAGCUCCGGGGGGGAAAACUCACCGAGCUGGACAUCGUCGCGGCCCCGCGGGACUACUAUCUCAUGGAGAGGUGGCUUUGACCGGGAUCUCGCCGCUGGCGGCCGACAUGCUCUCUCCCGCACUGGAGGUUCACUGAACACUUUCAAAGAUUCGCCGGCGGUCAACGCCGCCAUAGACACCGAGGACACUUCCGGGGUUUAUGAUCUCUGCUCUCGGGUAUGAGCUGCAGGCAUGAUGGAGAGUCUGAAGACCCGCUUGGAUUUCUCCAGUCCCGUCAUCCAAGCUCAGGCCGUGAGAAGCCUGGUGGCUGCUGUGCUGAAAGAGAAGGGCUCCGAUGGGCCGAUCUGCCAGUCCUCCCCCCAGGGGGCGGCUCUGGACGUUCUGUGGCAGCAGUGCUGCAGCGACGGCGCUCUGGUCCGGUCGGCCUGCUGCGACGCCUUGGUCCUCCUGGUGGAGCAGGGCCACGCCGACCUGCACUACGUCCUCAACUGUGUCCUCAACCUGCUGCCGUCUGCCAGAAACGUCCAGGGGCUCGUCAAAGUCAUCGGACGCCUGUUGCAGAUGCAAGCUGACCAGAAACACCAGGACACGCCCUCCACCUGCCCGUACUCCAUCAGGAGCAGCCCUCACCCGUACAUCACGGCCCUGGAGAACCGCGCCGACUGCUGGCCAGCUCUGCUGCUGGAGCUGGACGACUUCAUCCGGCAGGCUGCUGACAGGAAUAAAGCGUCUUACAUUGCCAUGUUGGCUCCUUUCCUGCGUUACCUCUACUGUGAACCCCAGAGACAACCCCAGCACGCACUCCUCCGACAGAGUCUCCUCAGGGUGCUUGUUCCCGCGCAGCCUGGAGCCGGAUCGGUCCCUGGAAACCAGGACCAGCAGGAGACGUCGGCAGCGUACGACAGCCUGCUGCUCUGCCUCUGUCAGCUGGUUCCACAUAUGCAGCUGGACAGCGUGGAGGCCGUGCUGGAGCUGUGUGGAUUCGUGGACGCCGUGCUGCCGGCCCUGCUGGCCGCCCCCGGGCUGGGCUGGACCAGCCGGAGAGCCGGGCUGCUGCUGCAGCUGCUGUGUGCCUGUCAGCGCUGCCUCCAGCUGGGCGGGGACUGCCGGCCUCUGCUGGGCUUCAUGCAGCAGCUCCUGCCCUCCUGCCAACAGGAGCUCCCGCUGGAUGAGCUGGUGCUGGGCGUGGCCCUGCUCCUGCUGGAGGCCCCUGCAGCCCAGCAGAGCUGCCUGCUCCAGCUCGCCUUGAGCCUGGCCCCGGAGCAGGCCCCGCGGCCCCCCUGGCUCAGCCCCGUGCUGGUUCUGCCCGUGCUGCAGCUGCUGUCCUGCUCGGUCCUCACCGAGCCGCUGGCCGACCCCAGGAGCCACGGCCUGAACCAGAGCCGGGCCAGCAGCCUGCUGGCCAGCAUCAGCCGGCCCCGGGACCCCCCCCAGGUGAGCCCCCCCAGCAGCCUGCUGGCCAGCAUCAGCAGGCCCCGGGAGGCAGCCCCCCAGCAGCCCGGCCCAGCGCUGGCUCUGCCCCUCAGCUCCUGGGCCAGUGAGCUGGCCGUGGCUCUGUCCACCCUCCGCAGAGUGGCCCACCAUGAGGUGGCAGCAGCCGAUUGGCUGCUGGCGGCCAGCUCGGCCCUGUCCUGCAGCCAGCGCCUCCCCGCAUCCUUCACCCUCAUCGUGACGCACCUGGUCCUGGCGGGAGAGGGGGACGUGUGCCAGCUGGCCCUGAGAGCCAGCCAGGCGCUGGCCGCUGCCGACCCCUGCCAGGUCCCGUCCCUCCUCCCGGUGCUGAUGCUGAAGCUGGCUCAGGAGAAGGACCCGGCUCUCCUUCAUGCCGUGCUCCAGAGCCUGCCCCACCUGGGGACUCACAAGCUCUGCGUCCCCCUGGUGCUGCAGGCCGUCCACAUGGUGGCCAGCGCCCCUAAGCUCCGAGCUGUGGCCAUGCGCCUGAUGACUGUCCUCUGGAAGAAGCAGGACCGGGUCUACCCCGAGCUGCAGCGCCUGCUGGGCCAGCAGGAGUCCCGGGCCGUGCUGGGGAGGGACACCCAGUGGGAGCAGAUCCUGGCGAGGGCCGCCUGCCUCAGGGACAUCUGCAGAGAGAGGCCGUACCAGCACGGGGGGGACAUGCUGGCUGCCGUUUCCCUCACUCUGAAGCAGUGCAGCAGAGCAGACCUUGCAACCCCGGCGGCCCUGGCCCUGCAGGGUUUACAGGAGCUGUGCAGAGCAGAGGUGGUGGACAUCGUCUCAACAUGGAGGAGUCUCGGACCCGAGCUGAGCGGCGACGUCCGUCCACUCGUGGUCAAAGCCGUGGCUGAGCUGCUGUCGCUGGUUCCUCAGCUCCCCGUCAGGUCGGAGCAGUACGAGAAACUGAAGGAAGAGGCCGUCAGCUUUCUCUGGAGUUACGCUAAGAGUCAGGAUCCAGAGGUGGCCAGCUGUGGCUACAGGGCCUUGGCAGGUUUUCCUGAAGCCGUCCACACAAUACUCCACCUUCCAGAGCCAGCCAGACCAGCUGUGAAGAUCCCCGAUGAUGAAGACGAGGCUGCUGAGACCAGGGAGGAGGAGGAGGAGGAGGAGGAGAAGGAUCUGUCCGUCCCAGGGUCGUCUUACGUGGCGCUGCUGGCUCUCAGCUCCAUCGCUGCUCUUCCAGCUUUUGAGGUUUUCCUGACAUCGCUGGUCAGGCAGGAGAUGAGCCAGAUGCCUCGAGGAGUUUACCACUCUGCCAUGAGGGCGGGCGGCCUGCGCUCGGAUCAGGGGAAAACGGUGGCGGGAAUCCCGGCGUUCAUGCUGAAGACCUACGAGAAGAACCGGCAGCCAGGCCUGAAGCCCGGUCUCGCAGCUGGACUGCUGCUGUCCUACGGGCUUCCUGUGCCGACGGACCGCGAAGGCAGGCCCAUCGAGCGCUUCCUGGUCAGCCGCAGCCGCAGCUACCAGCAGACCCUAACUGCCCUCAUCCACGAGGUGAACAUCCAGCCAUCGGAGUGGCACCGGGCUCUCCUGCUGCCCCCGGCCUGGAGGGCCUUCAUGAGCCGAGCCUUCCACGCUGUGCUGCAGGGUCGACGAGCUGAUCUGGAAAUGCAGCAGAAACAAGGAAGAGAAAAUCCAGAAGAUCUGCAGUACAAGCAGCACUGCUCCUGGCUGUGGACCAGAGACCAGCUGACUGACGUCAUCAAAGCUGCUACUAAGGACAGUCCUGUCGUCCAGGGAAACUCCAUCCUGGCUCUGAGCGGCCUGGCCGCUGUACUCGCCAAGUAUGAGAGCAACCUGCCUGCUGACAGCGACGGGAGCCUCGGGGCCGGACCAGAGUUCGUCCCCACAGCCAGCUGGUUGGCCAUGGUGCUGGACACCCUGCUCAGCAUCAUCAGCAGCAGCUACAAGGCCCGGGGACAAGUGUUCCCCUGGUUCCUGCACCGCUCCUACUCUGGCGAGAACACGGCCAGCGCCAUCGCUCGCUCCUGCGCCAGCCUGGCCCUGUCCCUCCUGGUUCCGGUUCUGGUGGUGUGGCAGAGGGAUGCUCUGGUCCAGGUCCUCUCGGCGCUCCGGGCCGGCCUGCCGGGUUCCCCCAGCGCAGACGACUCUCAGACGGUCCAGUUCCACUCGGGCCUGGCCCUGGGAAUGGUGCUGUCCAGCCUGCAGCACCAGCGCCUCAGUGACAUCUCUGCUCAGGACUCGGACCUCCUCUCCAGCUCUUUAGGGGCUUUGGAAAGUUGCUCCUUCGACCCACACCUGGAGUACAACACUGGCUGCGUGUUGGGUCUGGGUCUGGUGCUCUCAGCUCUCUGCAGCAGUGGACAGAUGGAGCAACAUCUCCACGUCAGCCGAACCCUGGACAAGCUGCUGAGCAGCCUGCAGGACAGCAGCGGGCAGGGACGCAUGCUGCAGGAGGUCUUGUCGUAUUGUGUGGCAUGUGUCAGCGUCUCUGCCUUCAGCGGAGGAGUGAUAGACGCUGCCAGAGCUGAGGAGGUGAUGAGCAGCCUGCGGACCCUGACCGAGGAGAGCCAGCAGACCCCAGGCUUCUCCCUGGCCCUGGGGCUGCUGGUCCACGGCCUGGCGCUGUCCGGCCACGGCAAAGCCGAAGACAUCCACCCUCGUCUGCUGGCGGCCUGGAUCAAGAUCUUACUGGCCGAGGGUUGUCCCACCAUGCAGCGGCUGGCUGCUGCCAACGGCCUGGUGGCUCUAGUGGGAUCAGAGACGUACCUGGUUCAGCUUAAGAGUGAGAUGGAACUUUCCUCCCAGCAACAGAGCCGGCUGAACGAGGUGAUCCGAGCCGUCACGCAGAUCAUCACCUUCUCUGGAGCCCUGGGCCUGCAGUCCAACAGCGCCUGCCUGCUGGGCCACCUCCACCUGGCCCACGUGUCCACGAGCCACAGCCACACGGCAGUUCCUCUGGACUUCAGCUACCUCUCUGAGAGAAGUGUCAUCAGGUCCAUCAGCGACUUCAUCAGCCAGGCUGGGAGGAAAGGUCCGGAGUUCUCCCAUCCAGCGGCGGUCCGGACCGCUCUGACCUCCCUGGCCUCCGUGGGAGCCGGGUUCCAGUACCCCCCGGUGAACUGGAGCGCCGUCCUGUCUCCUUUGAUGAGACUGAGCUUUGGGGAGGACGUCCAGCACCAGUGUCUGGUUCUGGCAGCGUCUCAGGCCCAGUCUUCCCAGAGUGCUUCUCUGUUCCUGGGCUCCUGGAUCUCUCCUCCCCUCGUUCACAGUCUCAGUCUGCAGACCCGGGCCCACCUCCACGAGACCCUAGGCUCCUGGAUGAAGCACGUGGCGGAGGACAAGCUGCAGGUGUACGUGGAGAGCCUGGGCCUGCAGCAGUUCCAGGAGGAGCUCCGGCCUCAGCGCCGGCCCCUCUGCCGGUCCAUGCUGCAGGGCCUGGCUCAGGCCAUGGGCCUGCCCAACCCCCCCAAGCACUGCUGGACGCUGCUCUGCUCGGCCACCGAGAAGAUCCUGCACCUGCUGCCCAACCACAUCCAGGACCAGGACGUGGACUUGUACGUAGGAAUCAGCAAGUGUCUGUCUGAGAUGUCCGACCCGGAGAUCGACAGAGUUGCUCGCGUUUCAGAGGCUCAGAUGGAGAAGACCUGCUUCGUCCUGGCCUACCUGACCUCUCAGGGGAGGGUUCCCCUGCUGGGGCUCAACGACGUCAUCGCCGGGGUGCUGCGCGGCUGGCCCGGCCGCAGGGUGGGCUGGCUCCUCCUGCAGGCCUUCUACCAGUGUCGCCUGGCAACCAGCCCCUACACAGGCGUGGCCAGGAGGAUGGAGUGGCUCCUUGAGCUGAUGGGACACAUCCGGAACGUGGCCUACGGCGCCACCGCCGUCGCCUGCGGAGACGUGAGACUGGCCACAGACUUCCUGUUCGGGCUUUUCGCCGCCGCUGUGGUUUCCUGGGGCGACCACUUCAUGCCCCUCCUCCUCGGCAUAAGAGCCCAGUGGUUUCCGUGGCAACCGGACUCCAAGCCUCCGAGCGCGGGGCACAGCCUGUACGGCGAGGAGUCGCUCUCGGAGGGCGCCUUGUCCCGGUGCAUGCUGGGAUUGUCUCACAGCCUGCCCCUGCUGCUGGACAAAGAGCCCUGGAGCAGCCAGACGCACAAGUUCCUAGACUGGCUCUUCAGCAUGACAGAAGCUCCUGGACAUCACCUGUCCGCCGCCACCACCAGCACGGCCAAAGCUGCUCUCCUGGCUCUGAAGUCCUCCCCCGAGUUCAGGAAAAAAGCUGUGUGGACCAGAGCCUAUGGCUGGUAGAAGUGCCCCCCGUUGCCAUAGCAACACACUCAGUCAAGUCCUCGGGGUUUGGGAGGAAGUGGACUCUCGUCUGUCCCCUCGGCCAUCAGAGGUGUCCGGGAGGGACGUGGUCGGUCCAAGCUGGUUUCAUCACAAGUGUAACAGGAAAUGUUGCAAUGUAGACGUGAUUGGUUGUGUGAUUUCUGCAGAGGCGUGUUUUCUAUGUAUGAAACACGUGGAUGACAUCAGAAAGAAGAGGCAUUAAAGCAAAGUUA